AUGCGUCACAUCUGCUUCUGGAUGGACGCCCACGGAUUGAAGCUCGCGGUAGCGAAGACUGGAAUAGUGCUUCUUACGAAAAGGCGCAUCGACACCGUGCGCCCCAUGCAGGUGGGAGACGUGACGGUUCAGAUCAAGGCAGCUGUGAAGUACCUGAGGGUGAUGCUCGAUACCAAGCUGACCUUCUGGGAACAGAUCAGGCGAACGGUGGAUAAGGCGAUGGCGGUGACGGCGUCGAUGAGCAGGACCAUGGCCAACAUAGGAGGCCCACGGCCCUGCAUGAGGCGACUCCUUAUGCGCACCACCGAAGCUAUCCUGCUGUACGGCGCCGAGGUGUGGGCCGAUGCGCUGCAACACGAAAAGUAUCGCAAGCGCCUCGCCGCAGUGCAGCGCAGAAGGGCCCUUCUGGUCGCGUGCUCCUACUGCACGGUCUCUGAGCCCGCAAUAAUGGUGGUCGCGGGGGUCAUUCCUACCAACUUCCUUGUUAAAGAGCGACGAUUCGUCCAUCAGCAGAAGGCUGCUGUCGGCUUGACUUGUGCCAAAGAUACUGCCAGCGCCAACACCAUGAGGGUCUGGCAGGACCCAUGGACGCGAGAAUCACGCGGCAGAUGGACUGCCCGCCUACGAAGGUUGACGUCUCUGUCGGGACUCCCCUUCGCCAGAAGAAAAAUAACGAGGAGGCGCUGA